AUGCUGCGGUUUGCAGACCUCGAGAUCUCGUCGUCGCUGCGAGGCAACAUCGCGGCACUCGGCCACGAGUUCGCGACACCUGUGCAGAGCGCUUCGAUGCCGCCGCUGCUGGCUGGGGAAGAUGUUGUCGCCAAGGCCCGCACCGGGACGGGAAAGACACUUGCCUUUCUCGUCCCGACGCUCCACCGACUGAGCACGUCCGAGCGACCUCAGGGCCAGAUUCGGGCACUGGUGCUGAGCCCGACGCGAGAGCUCGCGGCUCAGAUCGCCGAGGCCGCCGCCAGCCUGGUGCCGGGUAGCGGGCUCAAGGCUGUGUGCAUAUUCGGCGGCACGCCCAUGAAGCGAGACCUCAACCGGCUCGGUGGUGAGGUCGAUUUGCUCGUGGCCACACCGGGUCGGCUCAAGGACCACAUGGAGAACGAGGGACUCGCGACGCGGCUGCGCGGGCUGCAGACGCUGAUCCUCGACGAAGGCGACCGGCUGCUCGAUCAGGGCUUUGCGAGGGAGAUUGGACAGAUCGUGGCCAAGCUGCCGAGCGAGCGUCAGUCGCUCUGCUUCUCGGCGACGAUGCCUGCGGAGCUCUCGGCCGUCCUCGGCCAGACUCUCAAACGCGGGCACAGGGUCAUCGACUGCGUGGGCGCGGCGGCCGACUCGGAGACGGCGUCCAAGGUGGCGCAGAGCUACCUCGCCGCCGAGAUGAACGCCGUGCCUGCCCUCGCCGCCCUCGCCGCACGCCGCGCCCUCGCGGACGCCGCGGGCAGCGGCAAGAUCGUCGUCUUCUGCCCCACCGCCAACCAGGCGCAGUUCGUCUCAGAGCUCUUCACAGCGAUGGGCGUGAGCAACGCGCCGCUGCACUCGCGCAAGUCGCAGGCGUACCGCACGCGCGUCUCCAACGAGUUCCGAGACUGCCGCGAGGGCGUGCUCGUCGCGAGCGACGUGGCCGCGCGGGGCGUCGACUACCCCGACGUGACCCUCGUGCUGCAGCUCGGCGCGCCCGACAGCCGGGAGCAGUACGUGCACCGCACGGGGCGGACGGGGCGCGCAGGCAAGUCGGGCCAGGCGCUGCUGUUGUUGUCGGAGUGGGAGGAGCGCGCGACGAUGGGCAUGCUGGCAGGGCUGCCCAUAACCGAAGCGAGCCCGUCGGCAGCGGCCGUCGGCGCGGCGCGCGACGAGGCGUGCGGUGCGGUCGAGGCGGUCGACGUGGGGACGCGCGAGAAGGCGUACCAGGCGUGGCUCGGUUACUACAAGCAGAAGAUGAAGGCGAUGCGGUGGGACGCGCGCACCCUCGUCGCCACCGCCAACGCGUUUGCCCUCGGCGCUCUCGGCUUGCCCGAGGUGCCCACGCUCCAAGCCAAGACGGUCGGCAUGAUGGGCCUGCGCGGCACACCGGGUCUAGUCGUCGCAAAAGGCCCCAGCGGGCGCGGUGGCGGCGGCGGCGGCGGCAACCGCGGUGGCGCCAUGGGCGGCGGCAGAGGCGGCGGCAGAGGUGGCGGCGGCGGCCGUGGCGCUGGCCGUGGUGGUCGAGGGAUGGCGAGCCAGGCGGGUGGGGGCCGGGGCGGCGGUCGCGGCGGCGGCCGUGGCGGCCGUGGCGGCCGUGGACAGAGUCGCCACCACUGA